AUGCAAGUCUUCGUUACAGUCGGAUCCACGCGCUUCGACGCGCUCGUCCAGAACAUCCUCUCCGACGACGUGCUCGACGCCCUCCGCACCCGCGGCUACUCCUCCCUCGUCGUCCAGUGUGGCCACUCCGAUUUUGACGCCAGCCGCUUCACCCUGUCCGGCGAACAGUGGGGCAGCAGCGCACAUAUCGACACCCUCGUCUGGAGGUUCAGGCCUUCGCUCCAAGAAGAGUAUGAAAAGGCUGAUCUGAUCAUCAGCCAUGCAGGCUCUGGCACCAUCCUCGACGUCCUCCGCAUGGGCAAACCCCUGAUAGCCAUCCCAAAUCCCACGCUCAUGGACAACCAUCAGGAAGAACUUGCCGGUGCACUGGCUGCGUUAGGUCAUCUGAAGGCGUCGACGGUCGCCGAACUGCCCGACACCAUCGAGAAGCUAGACUGUUCACGACUAGUACCAUUUCCGCCGUUCAACGGAAGCAGGUUCCCCGUCCAAGUGUCGGACGAUCCGCAACGCUAUGAGGACGAGCAUGUCCACACUGUUUACGACGAGAUCGCUUCUCACUUCUCAUCUACGCGUUAUAAGCCAUGGCCUAUCAUCGCGCAAUUCUUGUCAUCCAUCCCUGCCGGGUGGGUCGGGCUAGACUCCGGUACUGGCAACGGAAAGUACCUACCAUUACCACUCGACCGCCCGGGGAGUGUGUGCACUGUUGGGCUUGACAGGAGCAGGAAUCUCCUAGAGAUUGCGCAGACAGCAGGCGGUGCACGGAGAGAUGUGGUUUUGGGCGAUGUCCUCGGCAAACCGUGGAGAGAGGGAGCGUUUGACUACGCGAUUUCUAUUGCGACUAUACAUCACUUGUCGACACAUGCCAGGCGUAAGCUAGCCGUGCAGCGUUUGCUUCAGUGCAUAGACUCAUCUCAUGGCCGCGCCCUCAUCUAUGUAUGGGCCAUUGAGCAAGAUGCACUUUCCAAACGGACAAUGCCGCCGGACAUGCGGCCUCCAUCUGCCGCGGUCCAAGGUGACGAAGAAGUCAAAGGUCGGGAUGUAUUCGUACCAUGGGUGCUCUCAACCCAGUCACCGCCAAAAACAAAGCCGGAGACCAAAGGGAAAGCACUUAGCUCCGACACUGUCAGUCCAGGUCCACGGGAGGCAUCGCGGUCGACAGAGCCAACGAGGCAAGAAUCGAAGUUGUUCAAUCGGUACUACCACAUGUUCGCAGGGGGAGAACUCUCCAAACUGGUCCGCGAAGCAGCUAAUGAUCUAGAAAUCACUGUUGGCCAUUCCGAAGCCGAUGAUGUCACAGAGAAUUCGUCCAGAAGAGGUGUAGAGAUUGUGCAGGACGGGUGGGAACGGUCCAAUUACUACGUGGAAUUGCGCUGUUGGGAUAGCCGGAAUCAAGGGAAGUAA